AUGAAGUGCACUACAUUACUCGCCUUCUCGGCCGCAUAUCUGGCCGGCGCUGCGGCUGCCGCGUCUUCCGCAGCAGCAGCAACUACGAAGAUGGGUGUGGAGCAGCCAUCAUCGGCCCCCAUUAUCGAUCAGCCUGUCGUCCAGGGCUGCUUCUCAUCUGCAGGCAGUCUCAACAAAACCUCCAAAGAGCAGUACAACUCGCGGGGCCAGUGCGGUCAGACGGUUUGUCAAGCCCAGGGUAAAUGGGUGGCUGCUACGACUGAGGGCACUUGGUGCUACUGUGGCGACAGCUAUCCUCCAAACAGCACGCUUGUGGACGACAGCAAAUGCAACACACCCUGCACAGGAUACGGCGUGGACGCAUGUGGUGGUGUGGGCUACUGGACUGUCUAUAACACAGGUAUCGAACUCUACGAGGUGACCUACGAUGAAUCGUCAUCGUCAUCUUCCUCCUCCUCUUCCAGUGCGACAUCCACGUCAUCAGCUACGACCAAAGCCACACAGUCUAUGACCACCACUACUGGAGGCCAUACCGUCUUCGUCACGCAGACGAACAGCGCGUCUUCUUCUGCCGAGGCUAAAAAGAGCCACUCAAGCACGGCUGGCAUCGCCGCGGGAGUCGUUGUGGGUGUUGUAGUCGCCGCUGCCGUUGCAGGUGGCGCGAUCUUUUACAUUCGCCGCCGCCGCAACCAAGAGAUCGAGGAUGAGCACCGGCGCAACGCGGCCGUGAACUCGUUCUUUGGCAAACCGCCCGGCAGCAGCGGUGGCUUCUCCGGGACAGACACCCGUCUGGACCCUGUGAUGGCCCAGCGCCGCCUAAGCGACGGCAGCAUCGCUGACAACCAGGACUACUCGCGGAAGAUUCUAAGGACACAGGUCACCAAUGCUUGA